GACCGGCAGCUUCUGCGGCGGUGCCGGCUGCGGCUGGUCCAGGAGCUGCAGGUGGCCCCGCUCUGGGACGUUCUGCUGCACCGCGAGCUCUUCAAGCCCGACAUGGUCGAGGACAUCCAGCUGGCUGGCUCCGGAUCUCGGCGGGAUCAGGCCCGACAGCUGGUCAUAGAUCUAGAGACUCGAGGGAGUCAGGCCCUUCCUUUAUUCAUCUCCUGCUUAGAGGACACAGGCCAGGACACACUGGCUUCACUUCUGCGAACCAACAGGCAAGCAGCAAAGCUGUCGAAACCAACCCUGGAAAACCUUACCCCAGUGGUGCCCAGGCCAGAAGUUUUCAGACCAGAAACACCCAGACCAGUGGACAAAGGUUCUGAAGGAUCCAGUAAUGUCAGUGUUCCAGAGAAGUUGAGGGGAAGUGUGGAUUUGGCCUACAUCCUGGACGCUGAGCCUUGUGGCCACUGCUUCAUUGUCAACAAUGUGAACUUCUCCUGCAAGUCGGGGCUCAGCACCCGCACCGGCUCCAACAUUGACUGUGAGAAGCUGCAACGCCGCUUCCGCUUGCUGCAUUUCAUGGUGGAGGUGAAGUGUGACCUGACAGCCAAGAAUAUGCUGCUGGCUUUGCAGGAAUUGGCACAGCGUGACCACAGUGCUCUGGACUGCUGUGUUGUGGUCAUCCUCUCUCACGGCUGCCAGGCCAGCCACCUCCAGUUCCCGGGGGCUGUCUACGGCACAGACGGAUGUCCUGUGUCUGUCGAGAGAAUUGUGAACAUCUUCAAUGGGACCAGCUGCCCUAGACUGGGAGGGAAGCCCAAGCUUUUCUUCAUCCAGGCCUGUGGUGGGGAGAAGAAAGACCAUGGGUUCGAGGUGGCCUCCACUUCCUCUGAAGACAGGGACUCUGGGAGCAACCCUGAGCCAGAUGCUGCCCCGUUCCAGGAAGACUCGAGGACCUUGGACCAGCUGGAUGCCACAUCCUUUUUGCCUACUCCCAGUGACAUCUUCGUGUCGUACUCCACCUUUCCAGGUUUUGUCUCCUGGAGGGACACCAAGAGCGGCUCCUGGUAUGUCGAGACCCUGGAUGGAGUCUUUGAGCGCUGGGCUCACUGUGAAGACCUGCAGUCGCUCCUGCUUAGGGUCGCAAACGCUGUGUCGGUGAAAGGAAUUUACAAACAGAUGCCUGGCUGUUUUAAUUUCCUCCGGAAAAAACUUUUCUUUAAAAUAUAGUGAAGGCAGGGCCCUUCAUGCUGCUUUAUCUUGUACCCCAGAAACUUCCUGCUUCAGGCCUGGAGAGGCCGGACUUUCCUACAACUCAAGGACUCUGCAACUCGCACAGGGUCCCUUCCUGCCCCACCAGUGACAGACAAGCUCUUGGCACUUCCAGAUUGGAGUCAGGUGUCAAGCAUUGGAAGAAGAGGGACAGAAGAAGGCUGUGGAUACCAUGUGUCCUCUUCACCAGCUCACAGCUGUGGCCUGUAGCCCCAUGUUUUCUCCAGAGCAGGGAUUUGCUCCUCACUACUGACAUGUGUGGUCAAGUCAUCCUUUGCUGGGGACUGUCCUGUGCAUUGUGGGGUGUUUAAUCGCCAUCCCUGGUCCCCAUCCACUCAAUGCUGGCACCUCUCCUGAGCAUUGGCUGCCAAAAAUGUCAUCAG